CUGAAUAAAGGAGCGGCCAACGGGGGGAUGGCUCAGUUCCAGGAAAUGAUGCGGCAGCAGCUGGAAAGCUCGAUGAACGCAGAGCUGGAGAAACUGCUGGACAGCACCGAGGGCUCAGAUAGAGAGGUGUCCAGGAAAGACUUUGAGGGUUUCAGGAAUCUUUUCCAAAGAUUUCUGCAGGUGAAGGGACCUUCAAUAGAGUGGAUCAAGAUACAAAGACCUCCAGAGGACUCGAUCCAGCCCUACGAGAGGAUCUUGGGCCGCGGCCUGCCGAACAGCGUGGCCGACUGCCUGAACAAGCUGGUGGUGGUGAAGCUGAACGGAGGCCUGGGGACCAGCAUGGGCUGCAAGGGCCCCAAGAGCCUGAUCAGCGUCCGCAACGAGAACACCUUCCUGGACCUCACCGUGCAGCAGAUAGAGCACCUGAACAAGACCUACAACACAAACGUGCCGCUGGUCCUCAUGAACUCCUUCAACACGGACGAAGACACGAAGAAGAUCCUGCAGAAGUACACACACCACCGCGUCAAGAUACACACCUUCAACCAGAGCAGGGUGGUGCAGGAUGUGGAGGUCCACGGUGGCUCCCAGGUUGUCGAUGUUGGACACGAAGAUGUACUCCUUGCCCUGAGCGAUCAGCUGGUCCAUGAGCCCCGAGUUGUAGAAGCUGGCGUAGAUGUCUCCGUGCCCCGGGGGGUACCAGCCCUCUGCACUCUGCCCCGUCAUGCUGAGGCUGGUGGAGACCGGGAGGAGCGACUCUUUGUUGAUGCGAGGACGCUGGACGGCGGGCAGAACGUGGUCCAGCUGGAGACGGCGGUCGGGGCGGCCAUUAAAUGUUUCGAUAACGCUCUGGGCAUCAACGUGCCGCGCAGCCGCUUCCUGCCGGUGAAGACGACCUCCGACCUGCUGCUGGUGAUGUCCAACCUGUACAGCCUGGACGCCGGCUCGCUCACCAUGAGCCCCCGCAGAGAGUUCCCCACCACGCCCCACGUGAAGCUGGGCAGCUCCUUCACCAAUGUCCAGGAGUAUGUGAAUCGCUUCGAGAGUAUCCCUGACAUGCUGGAGCUCGACCACCUGACCGUGUCCGGAGACGUCACCCUCGGGAAAAACGUUUCACUAAAGGGCACCGUCAUCAUCAUCGCUAACCACGGGGAUCGUAUUGAUAUUCCAGCCGGCUCCAUGCUGGAGAACAAAAUAGUUUCUGGAAACCUGCGCAUCAUGGACCACUGACGCCUUCUUCACACACUAAAACACCCUCAUCAUGUGACCUUGUCAGCUUUAUCCCAGUCAUGUGACCUGUUUCCUGACAGCGCGAGGAGGAUGAUUGAUUGCAUCUGCAGUGCUGCUUUGAAGCCGGGAUACGGCGCCCUCUGCUGGCUGUUUACUAUAUUAUACACCUUAAAGCUGUCAUGUUAAAUAAUGACCUGUAUGCAUGAUAGAUAGAACAACCAACAAUCUGAUUUUGACUGUUAGUUCCUGCCAAAAAGGACUCGAACUAGCUCAAAAAAACAGAAACAAGUAGAUUUGUAUUGUCAUCUUUAUGUGCUCCUAUAGCACUGCUAAUGCAAUCACAUAGUGUUCUUACAUGAGGGGUAAAGUCGUGAAGUGAUGGAAGAGUUUAACCAUUUAUUUCAAGUGCAGAGACCUCCCUGUAGUGGCAAUUCAACAGCAAAUCACGCUGCUGGAGUACAUUUUAGCGGCCAAUACACCGAAACAAAUCAACAUAAAUAAUACGAACUUACAGUUUUAUAUGUUUUUUGUUUGUUUGAGGUUUGACUGGUGCUGUUUUCAAUAUUUAAUCUUGUUGUCCCGUCUUCUUUCUAAUGUAUAACUGCAGCAUUUGGGGAAUUAUUGCCAGUAGUGGAAGAAAACACACAUUGAUUUGCAUUUCCUUUGUGAAAUUGACUUUGUUUAGUCUGUUGUCUCUUGUAGUAAAAAUGAACUGAAAGUAGCUUAGUAAAUCUGAGUGAAAUUGAUAAUUUAUUUCAGUGACAUCUUGAACAUAUUGCUAGUCAAAUUUAACAUUUUUAAUAUAAAUAUUUGAAUCAGAGCAGCUUCAGUUUUUACAUGACUGCAAUAAAUAAUUACUUUUACAACCAUCUCUAGAAUCAAGUCUCAAGUGAAGUGAAAAAUGAAUAGUCAACUUCCUUCCAGAGCAAAGUGUAAAUAAGACUUCUUCUGGGUAUUUUCCAGGUUUGACUGAAAAGCUCCCGAGUGUUUGUAACUCAGAGGAGAAACUAGCGUGUGUCUCUCCACUGUAAUGAUCCAUAUCCAGGCACGACUACAAUGCCAUGAGAUAAUAUGUAAUAACUGAUAUAUAACGUUAAAUUAAAGGCCUUUCUUUGUUAUGUCCCUGCGUGAUGUAGACCAUGAGAAAUACCACAAUGUUGUGUAUUAUUUUUGUUGUUGUUCCACAUUGUGAUGUUGUGUGAAACCUCAUGCCUGCACUUCAGUAUCAAAUCUCUCCUGUCGCCUCUGUCCACCUACACACAGCAAAGACAGGAGGUGCAACACACACACACACACACACACACACACACACACACACACACACACACUCAGACGGUAGACAUGUUCAAAAUACAAAGUAUGAAGUGUGAGAAUACUUGAGAUGGGUCCACGGACCGAAAGCCUGAAAGAAAAUAAGUGUUGAACUGUGACGGAGGACUCAGUUCUGCCUCCUCAGAGUCUGAAUAAAGUUGCAAUGAUGAAAUAAUGA